AUGGAGGUUCCGCGCCUGGCGCACACCAUGAGCAGCCCCACUAGCCCCUGCGAAGAGGUGAUCAAGAACCUGAGCCUGGAAGCAAUUCAGCUCUGCGAUAGGGACGGGAAUAAAUCACAAGAUAGUGGGAUUGCAGAGAUGGAGGAGCUUCCAGUCCCACACAACAUCAAAAUAAGCAACAUCACAUGUGAUUCCUUCAAGAUUUCUUGGGAGAUGGAUUCUAAAUCCAAGGACCGCAUUACUCAUUACUUCAUCGAUCUCAACAAGAAAGAAAACAAGAAUUCCAACAAAUUUAAACACAAGGAUGUACCCACUAAAUUGGUGGCCAAAGCUGUACCUUUGCCCAUGACUGUCCGCGGGCAUUGGUUCUUAAGCCCGAGAACAGAAUACACUGUAGCAGUGCAGACAGCAUCAAAGCAAGUUGAUGGCGAUUACGUUGUUUCUGAGUGGAGUGAAAUCAUCGAGUUUUGCACAGCAGAUUAUUCAAAAGUUCACCUAACACAGCUAUUAGAAAAAGCUGAAGUGAUUGCAGGCCGUAUGCUUAAACUGUCUGUUUUUUAUCGGAAUCAGCACAAAGAAUACUUUGAUUAUACCAGAGAGCAUCAUGGGAAUGCUAUGCAGCCCUCUGUUAAGGAUAACAGUGGCAGCCAUGGCUCUCCAAUCAGUGGGAAGCUGGAAGGCAUCUUCUUUAGCUGCAACACUGAGUUCAACACUGGGAAACCACCACAAGAUUCACCCUAUGGAAGAUACAGGUUUGAGAUUGCAGCAGAGAAACUCUUCAACCCAAAUACUAACUUGUACUUUGGAGACUUCUACUGCAUGUACACAGCCUACCACUAUGUCAUUCUUGUUAUUGCCCCUGUUGGAUCACCAGGAGAUGAAUUCUGUAAGCAGCGCCUUCCUCAACUAAAUAUAAAAGAUAAUAAAUUUCUGACCUGUGAUGAAGAAGGGGGUGUCAUGGUUUACCAUCAUGCCCAGGAUGUUAUUUUGGAAGUAAUUUACACUGAUCCUGUGGAUCUCUCCCUUGGCACAGUUGCAGAAAUUACCGGUCACCAACUAAUGAGCUUGUCUACUGCAAAUGCAAAGAAAGAUCCCAGCUGCAAGACCUGCAAUAUCAGUGUUGGACGUUAA